AUGAAGCUCCUUUAUUAUUCCCUAGCGCUUUAUCUUUCCGUCGAUCUCACCGCGGCGGCGUCGCGACGAGAAUCGACCGAGAAGCCGCCUGCGAAGCCCUGCACCAUCACGUCGCCCACGACAGGCCGAUUGUUCGAUCUCAGUGGCCUGCAAGUCCCGCGGCCGGAUUCCGUCAAAUCCAAGAACCCGCGGACGCACAGCUGGAACGCGACCGGCUACGACAUCGGCUACAACUUCACCCUCAACAUCUGCGGGCCCGUCAUUGAGCCCAUCAAGGAUGUGGUCGGCAUCGAAGAGCAUCUGUGGAAGAACGUGUCGGCGUACUACAAACAUUCCGGCAAAUUCUAUUCGUUAGGGCUUCAGAAUGCGGAGCCGGUGAUGCGCGGAAGGAAACUCGUCCUCAACUACACCGACGGAUCCCCCUGUGAGCCCUCGACGAAGCGAUCAUAUUCAAAGAGAGGGAUCGAUGGCAGGAGGAAGAACACCAUCAUCAGCAUGCUGUGCGACCAGGACCCGCUCGCGCCGCAGCUGCAGCUCAGCUUCAUCGGCAGCCCUGACGAGUGCACGUAUAUCUUCGAAGGCCGAUCGCCGGCCGCCUGCGCCAGCACCGCGAAGAAGCCCGAGUCCGUCGGGCCGGCCAGCGUUUUCGGCAUCGUCGCGCUGAUCGCCGUGCUGGUCUACCUGGUGGGAGGCUGCGUCUACAGCCGCGUCGUGUUGCAGCAACGCGGUUGGCGACAGCUCCCCAACUACGACCUCUGGGCCGGCAUGUUUGCCUUUUUUCACGACAUCUUCAUCAUCUUGACUUCGUCGUGUGCGAGAUUCCUGCCCUCGAGGCGGGGCUACAGCCGCGUCGGCGGCAUGAACGGCACCACGGGCGGACUGGGUGCGCGUGGGCGAUCCAGGGGGGACAGCGACGCGGAGAACCGUUUGAUCGACGAGCUCAACGAGGAAUGGGAAGAUUAG